AAGACUUGCCAUACCGGGCAUCUAAUGAAGUCAUUCUGCAUAUUCAUGUGAGGUUACGACUUCUGUCGAGAUCACACUACUUUCCAACGGUGUAACUAAAUAAUUUGCAUCCUAUUUAAUAUGUCAUUUAAGUCAAAUAUUUAAAAAAAAAAAACUGUGGUCAGUUUUUAUCACCAAUAAUUAUAUGACUGGUUUACCAAUUAUGGGUAAGAAGUUCCUUCAGUUUUUACUCAAGAGAAUUUUUGAGGACUUGGAUAAAAGUCUCUUCGACAAGGUUAAUCUACCUACAAUUAAAGAUUGUCAAGCUGGUAAUUUAAUUCCAGCAAAGUAUAUUGUUAAACCACCUACCCCACGAUUUAAAAAUCAACUAUCACUAUUCAAUAGGUUCUUUAAUGUAACUGAAGGUUUCCAAUUAACUGAGGUCAACUACAAAUAUGUCAUUCACUUUUUUGAAUAUCAAUAUCUAAUAUUAAAGAAACCUAAAGCUGAAUUACUAACAAGGAUAGAAAUCUUGGAUAUGCUAUGUUAUUUGGCUAAACAAAUUCCACCAGAAAAGAUAGUAAUUUGUGAAUUAAAGACAGUUUUAAUCCACAUGUAUAACAAAAAAAGAUUUAUGAAUGAGGUUAUUUCCUUUAUGUACAAGUAUCCCAUAUUGACCAAGUAUACCAUUGAUACUUCAUUGGCUAUGUGUUAUGCAUUUGAAAAGUUCAAGUAUCCAAUCCUUAACGAUUUAAUUAAGAACCUGAAAGCCAAGGAUAGUCGAUCAUUACAUGAUUUUAUAUUAUUUUAUUUCCACCAGCUUAUGGAAGAACAAAGUGAGAGGUUGCCCAAUUUAAUCGAUAUAAUUAAGAAAUUUGUAAAUAGAUUUAUUGUUCUUCCCAAAGAAGUCGAAGAGCAAAAGUUGGUUGACAUGUUAAAUGAGCUUUCCUUGAUUUCACUCAAUUCCAGUGAAAUUAUUUCACUUUAUGGGAAAAGCUUAAAAGAAUUUUGCCAAAGACGAGGUACUUGUUGCCUUUAA